AUAAGAUGUCAAUUGUUGGAAAAUCAGUCAAGAUAAAAAAAAUCCAUAUAUAAAUAAACACUUCAGUUUCGUAAACAUGGUAUUGAUUAUGGAAAAAAAUCAAAUAAAACUUCGUAAAAACACGAAAGAUGAAAUGAUGAUACCUUUAAAUAUAAAACGAAGCUAAGCUAAAAUGAAUCCAAUAUAUUUCGAGUAAUAUUUUACGGCAGUCUUUAGAUUCAGUAGGCGCAAUAUCCGUUGCUAUAACAACAAUCUAAUUUACCUACUUGCUGUCAACAAUUCACAACAAAUCAAUUUUCAUGCUUCAGAUGGUCUAAAUCUAAACCAACUCACUGCCGAUAUUCUUGCCUAAAUAUGUCGACCAUGGUGGAGCUUGAAAGUUGGAUAAUUUAUCAAUACGUGGCUACAGAAUGCAGUAAUUGCCUUUGAAUGUUUGCUUUUCCUGAUUUUGUAUCAUUGAGCCUCUGUUCUAGAUGUUGAAUACAAUCAUGACAGAAAGCGCUUUCAAGGCAAGAGACAUCGGGCUUCGUGCUCAGAAAAAGAUAUUAUCCAGAAUGGCGGGAAAGAACAUCGCCAAAGUGUUUAUCGACGAUACAACGGCUUCUUUAUUGGAUAACCUCUACAGACUUGCUAAACAAUACUCAAAUAACAAAAAAGAAGCCGAAAAACUCAUCAAGAACAUCAUAAAAAUCGUAAUAAAACUCGGGGUAUUGCACCGCAACAAUAUGUUCACCGAAGAAGAAUUAAAACAAGCGGAAAAGUUUAAGAAUAAAUUCCGAUUGGCCGGUAUGGCGAUAAUAUCGUUUUACGAAGUGGAUUUCAGCUACGACAGAAAUUAUAUCGUCCACGCAUUCACCGAAAGUCAAAAGUGCCUCGAAACGAUCGUUUCCAAACAUCUAACAGAUAAAUCUGUAUCUAGAAUAGAAAGCGUAUUUUCGUUUUUCGGUAACGAUCAAUUUUUGGAUUCGGUAUUUAAAAGUAAUUCCGAAUAUAGGGAAGCACUCGGUAGGGUCGUCGCCGAUUUGAAUAAGGCCAUUGAAAAUGGGGAUCUUUAGUCCGGUUAUGUGAUUUCGAAUUGUGAUUUUAGUUUUAAUUGUUUGACAAACUUUAUAUUUGGUCGGUAGGCAAUCAACGUGACAUUUCAGAAGGGAAAAAUCAAAAUUUGGACUGUUGAAAACUUUUUGAUCUUCACUCGUAGCAAAAGAGCUUGAAUGACUUGUAAUAUUCGGCUUGAUUCAAUCGAAUUUACACUUUUAGUGGGAUCUAUAUUUGAUUGUAAAUUUUAUAUGAACUAAAAAAAGUUCUGAAAACUUUUCGAUCACCACUCGUAGCAAAAUGUUUAAAAUUUAUUUGGAAUUGAGAAACGUUAUUUUCUCUAAGCUUAUCUUGAAAAAGGCGAACAUUUUUUUAUUACCACCCGUACUAAUAGAGUUCUAAUUGGUUUCGAAAAUAACAAUUUUUGAGUGGCGGUUGCAUUAUAAAAGUUGUGAAAACUUUGAUCACCACCCGUAACAAAAAUUUUCUUGAAAAUGGAAUUACUGGAGUGAUUUUUUAGAUAUUCGACUUAAUUUUACUGAAUUUACUUUUUUAGUGAAAUCUAUAUUCACUUACGAAUUUUAUAUGCAUUAAAAUAGUCCUAAAACUUUUUGAUCACCACCUGUAGCAAAAUGUUUAAAAUUUAUUUCUUCUUUUUCAUUGGAUUUUUAAUUCUGCUGAGAACCGUUAUUUGCUUUAAGUACAACAAAGUUUAUCUUGAAAAGGGCAAACACUUUUCGAUUAUCACCCGUACUAAUAUAGUUCAAAAUAUUUCGAAAAUGGCAUUUCUGGAGUGACUGUUGUUAUAUUCAGCUUCAUUUUACUGAACUUACACUUUUAUUGAUAGCUGUUAGUUUCUGGUUGUUGUCAUAACAAAUUUUGUAUCCACUUAAACAAUUUUUUUCACACUACUCGUAUUAAUAAAGUUGAAAAGUUAUUUCGAUAAUGACAUUUCUCAAGUGAUUUGUGUGAUAUUCAGCUUUAUUUUAGUUGAUUUACACUUUUUUUGAGAGAUAUUAGUUGCUGGUUUCAUUAAUAAAUUUUAGAUCCACUAAAACAAUUUUGUAUCAUCGCCCGUACUAAUAGAGUUCAAAAUAACUUCGAUAAUGACAUUUCCUUAGUGAUUUUUGUGAUUUCAGCUUUAUUUUAGUUAAUUUAAACUAUUAUGAGGGUUAUUAGUUGCCAGUUAUAAUUAACAAUUUUUUAUCACUAUCUGUACUAAUAUAGUUCAAAAUUACUUCAAAAAUAACGUUUCUUGAUUCACGCUUUUUUGAAGCUUUUGGAUGCUAGUUUCAUUCAACAUUCAACAAAAAUGACAUUUUUUAACUAACUGUAAUGAUAUUUAGUCCCAUUUCACCGUAUUUACACUUUAAUAGAAGACUAUUAAUCGCUGGUUUUAAUUAUGACUUAUAUUUUUGUUCAACGCCCGUGCUAAUAAAAUUCAAAAUUAUUUCUGAAAUAUCUGUUAUAGUAUUCAAAUUUUAUUUUUCUUAGAAUUAGCAGUGAAAUUAGAACCGUUUAUUGCCUACAACAUAUUGUUGAAGAUUUCUAUCGUUUUUUUAUUAUUAGCCAACUUGACGCUUUUGCAAACUGAAUUAUUUACUAAAAUGACGAUCUUUUCAACACUAGUUCAAAAUUAGUGAGUCUGAUUUUAUAAGAAAAAAUACAAUAGUUAAUGGUACUUUUUUUAAAUUUUUUUCGGGUUAUUUUACCAAACAAAACCGUAUAAACUGAAAUCUUUUGUUUACGAAACUUUGACAUCUUAAACAAAUCUUCUUUCACGAACGUAAACUGGCCACUGUCAAUAAAGAACUACUAACCAAAUAGAGGCCACUUUACAUUGACGCGUAAAGCUUUUAGUAGCGACUGAAUACACUGAGAAAAGUUUUCAAUAAGAACAUUAUAAUAAAAUGUGUUAAAGUGCGUAAAUAACUAUGAAGUAUUUAAUUUUCGAUCGUAAAAUAUGAAAAUUGUUUAUAACACAUCGAACGUUCAUCCAUCUUUAAUAAAUUUCCUUGAUAGAAACGAAAUUAGAAAAUAUUUUUUAUGCAGGUGGUUUUCUCAGUGUACUAUCUUAUAAAUUAUCGAAUCACUUUACGAUUUUAAUUUUUUUGAGGUUAGUUGAGUAAAUUUGAUAAAAUACUGUCACUAUUAAAUAUUAUAACCAUUUUUUAUUGUAUAAAUAUUAAAAUUAUUAAAAAAUGAAAUUUUAUUUCAAACUGGAUCUCUCUAAAUGCUCUCUUCGACAUUCUAAUGAGGUUAAUUGGUUUGCGUUAGCAUUCAAGUUGCAACAUUAUGUAUCAUAUUUUGAAUUUUGCUUUUUAUCAUAUUUGAACGAUGAAUUUUGUAAUAUGUGCAUGUAUAUACAAAAAAAUAUAUUACUCAGAAAGUAUUUAUAUUAAAAAAAAAACGAUUACAGCUUUCGCAAAGGAUAAAAAUGAUAUUAGAACGUCUUCUAUCACAUUAAAAGUAUGUUGCAAUAAAUUCAUGACCACGGCAUAUUCUAAAAAGCAAAUAGUAUCAUAGAGGUAUAUAUAUGAAAAAAUGUAACAUCACUGUUUUACGGAGUAGAGCACAUAACACACCCCACUUCAAUAUUUAGCUGUUCCAAGGUACACGUCAUUUGUCAAAUCUAUGACGUCACAACAUAUGCGUUGCUUUAUUUAUAAAAAGUGUGACUAACUAAGAAAAACACAUUUUUUUGCUAAAAAUCAAUGUUGUUCAUCAAUAUAAUCUCCUUCAAGAGCAAUACAAUAAUUCCAACACUUGUCUAACUUCUCGAUGCAGUUCUUGUGGAAGGAUUUGUCUUUUGCCUCGAAAUAGGCUUCAGUUUUAGCAAUUGCUUCUUCAUUUGAGCUGAAUUUCUUACCUUCGAGCAUUUUUUUGAGAACAAUAGUCACUGGUGGCCAGAUCUGGACCAUACGGUGGAUGAGAAAGCACUUCGAAAUAUACUUACGUACAUAUGAGACCGUUUUUCCUUGAUUUUUGCAUUCAAACCACAGGAGAUUGACGCAGUAGUAAUGAAAGGUUUCGCGUGUCCAUGACUUGUUCAGAUUCAGUGGUGGAUCCAUGUUUCAUCCAUUACCACAUAUCGAUAGCUCCACUUAAAAGGCUGUCACUUUUUUCUGACUAAUCGAAAUGUCAUGAAAUUUCACACAUAGUUUUUUGAAAGUUGGUACUUCACAAACGUCAUAUGGUUUUGACAAUGGCAGCGCCAUCUAUGUGUCAGUCAUACGACUUAUUGAGUGAUGUAAUACGACUAGAAUAUGGAUAAACUUGAAUACUCCAUCUAAAGAUGACCAAUAUAUGCAACCUUUUUUAUUUUGUUGUCGUUUUAAACAUCAACGUUGUCGUGUUUGUGUAGUUUAGUGAAUAAUGCUAAAUAUUGAGGUGAAUCACCCUGUAUAUAAGAUAUUUAACUAUAUAUAAAGUGGUUGAAUAGAAUGUAUAAAAUCAGAGCUAUGGACAAUGGACCAAAUGUGCGGGUACUUUUUUUACAAAGUUCUAGAGAACGGAUUUUUUUUUUAAAUAUGUCUCAUGAAUGUAAAUCCAAGUGGGCGUAAUCGAAUAUCUCGCGAACCGCGCAUCGUACGACAAAAAUGGCGAAGAUCAUUUAUAUACAUAAUAAUUUUUCCCAACUUUUUUAUUUGAAAUUUUUUUUUGUAUAACGCAUAGUUUUUUAAUUAUAGCGCUCCAAACUUUGUACAAUAUUUAAUUUAUCAUGAACCGUUAACUAUAUAUUUAGCAAAAACCAUAUUUUAAGAAGUUUGGAGCGCUAUAAUUAAAAAACUAUGCGUUAUACAAAAAAAAAAUUCAAAUAAAAAAGUUUGGUAAAAUUAUUAUCUAUAUAAAUGAUCUUCGCCAUUUUUGUCGUACGAUGCGCGGUUCGCGAGAUAUUCGUGCUUUGACGUUGUUUUUUUUUAUACGAGUCACUGGAAUCCGAUAGUAAAACUGAUGUCGCCAAUGAAUUUCUCGUCCCCGGAAACCCCUUGUCUCAGAUUUUCAGUUAAAUUGCCGGACAAAAUUUCACGACUCCUCCUCAGUGGGUCAUGAUGAAAUUUUCUAUUUUGACCACCAAAACCUGGCUUUGGAAAAUUUUGAUUAUCGGAACCGUUCUCCUGACUGAAUUUUACCCUCACCCUCAACAAUUUACAUGCAAAUUGGAGCAUGAGUUGACUUUUUGAAUGGGAAGGAGGUGAAACUUGGACUCAUAAAAAAUCUUGAUGGGGCAGGGGGUCGGACCCGCACCUAGUAAUACGUUGUAAUGGACAGUAUGAAUUAUUUGACCAAAAAAAUCAUGCCUCCCCCCCAAGCAAAAUUUUGUCCCCUUUACCAGAUCGAAAAUGAAAGAACACACAUUUUUAAUAUACGAGAUACGGAAAAUCUGCAUGAGAACAAAAAUGUAGAAAACAUCAAGUUACGUACAUAGGUGUCUCCCAUGAUUACCCUCGAAAUUACGAGAAUUCAAUUUCAAAAACCUUUUUUGUGUGAUUUUGUAUAAAACAACAAAAAUAAAAUAAUUCUCCUCUAGCGAUUGUUAUAAAUAACUUUAUCCAUCGAGGCCAAAAUGUGACGUCACAAAUGGCGUCAAAUUUUGAGGUUAAAAUUUUUUUUCCGCCUCUGUAGCUUUAUACACGAUGCGCAUAUACCUAACAACACUAUUACGACCCACCCGGUGCAAUUCGGUGAUACUUCUGGGGGAAGGGGGAUAUUUGGAGCCCAAUUCAAUUAUAGUCAUUCCAAAUCCGAAAAUUACGGCUCCAAAGUUCAAUAAUUAGUGAUUCCUGGACGCCUCCCAAAGUGAGGGGAAAGUAGAGCUGCCAUACUUAAUCAUACAUCAAUGACUAGGGUAUAUAAAGACGUGACCUAAUAACGUCUUAAAAUUCAGGAAAAAGCAAACUUUUCCCAUGAUUCCUCACAAAUAUUAUUAGUAGAAUUAUGGAUAUUUUUUUUGUCUUCAAAAAGUACUACUGGACACACUGUUUACACUGUUUCGAUAACCAAGUUAUCAUCUUCAGACACUGUUUACCUUCAGCCUCUGAAGACCACUUCAGACACUGUUGGGGUAAACAGUGUGUUCGGUAUGAAUGUCACCAACGGUUGCAAAAAAUCCAACUCGGUUCAAAACGUACUUUCCGUUUCUUUGGUAUUGCGUAAGCUAAAAAAGUUGUACCUAGUCAAGUGCUGUAUUCCGAUUUUUGGCUUCAUUUUCCAAAUAUCCAAAUUGCUCUGUUUUUAUAUAUUUUCGCUACUUUGAAACUAUACAAUUAGUAAAUAAUUAAGUGUUGUGGUAAUUGUACAUAUGACAGAUAUUACAUAUCUUUAAUAUACCUAUCGCAUGAAAUAUUUAGAUUACAGAAUAUUUUUGCACCGGAUUAUAAAAUCUCUAAUGAAGUAUAUUGUGACUAAAAUGCUCUCAAAGAGGUUGUCUUAUACUCUAAAAUAAAAUAAAAAUUACUGCGGUUGUCUUAGUACCACUAUAAAGUGCCAUAUUGUUUUUCCAAAUUCGUCCUUAUCGUUAGACAACGUACGUCGCUAGAUAAAUAAGUAAAAAUUUAUUGCUGCCGUUUUCAGAUAAUCAUUUCCUUUUCCCAACUUACUAAAAUUAGUAGAAAAAAAAUUAUUUCUCUUAUUAUUAUAUCUCAACCCUUUCGAGACGACACUUUUAUCAUAUAAGUAGACGAGCGUUUCGAUAUUAGCCCAGAGACGGACGACGGAAAAAUCAGACAGUUAAAAAAAGUUUUAUUAUUAUUUAAAUGUUUAAAAAUAUCAAAAAAUUUUAAUUGUGUGAUGUCUCAAAGCUAGGAACUAUGAAUAACCCUACAUUGACAGUCCUGACACAUAUAUCGCGACUCUCUUCUAAAGCCGGUACACGAUGCACCCACAUUCACCUUUCAACGUACGGUUGACCAUUGGACGAAGGCUGGAACCUUGUCUAAAGAAAUGAAAUACGCGCAAGAGGAUAAGAAGUUUGUGUAGUUGUACCACAAGUGUUGGUUCUAACUUCGGUUCAAUGUUAAUUACUCAAUUUUCCAUGGCCAACGUUGGAAGCAAAGCAUUCGUCGAAUGACAUGCGCAUUAGGACUCCACGAUGCGUCCAACGUUGGAAGCAUUGGACGCUUCGUGUGCUACCGGCUUAACACUUACAUCUACCUACCAACCUAUCGAUUACACUAACGUUCGUCGAGUAUUUCCGGCGGGGUCAUACUUUUCCGACAAUCCCUCCAACCCAAGUCCAAGUAAGGAGGGAGUAACUCGACGAUGGUGUCGGACUUAAACGACAACCGUUUGGAGGUUAUGUUAAAGUCUGAGAAACAAAUUAUGAGAAACCGGAUGUAGUAGUAGUCCGUCGCGAAUUGGUUAAUACAGUUUAUUAUUUAGAUGAUGUUAUAAAUAAAAACGAUUUUUUCCCCGCCUACCUCGUGAUAAUAUAAUUCCAAUUUCGGUAUUUAUACAACCUUCAAUGACAUUCGAAAUGUAUUUUUACUUAACUAACAAUCACAGAUAUGAACCAGCGACUUAUAUAAAACACAAAGGAUUAAAUUGUGAUUGUUGUGGUAGUAAAUGUUUACUAUAAUUUAAAUUUUGACCAAAAUUAUGAAAUGACAAAAAAAUAACUAGAACUGAGUUGUAUUAUUUAUUUAUUUUAAAUAUUAAUUUUGUAUUUUUUCUUACAGUCUAUUUCACUACAAUUUCUCCCCCUGUAUAUCAAAUAUAUUCAUAAAGAGGUCUAAAAAAUCACAAGUUUUUUAAAUAAAUCAUCAUAGAUUAUUAUUCUCCAAUUAGAAGGCAGGUAAAAUUUUGAAAAGCUCGAAUUUCUUGCAACAAUUAUUGGGUACACAUUUGUACAAUGAAAUUUUGAUUAUUUAUAUGAAAAAUGGUGAUUUUUUAAACCUUUUUAAUAUAUAAACUUUGAACUAUCAUUACUAGUCUUAACCUUGUCUAUUUAUUUUGAUUUUUUUUUUAAAUAUAUAAAGAUUUAGGUUCUGAAAAGUGAUAUUUAAUAUUUUAAGGGUACUUAAAACAAUAUCUAUUUACAUAUAUAUAGUAUAUAUAUAUAGCAAUAUUUUAUCACUAUUUUCAGCAAAGGGCACAAACAACUAGAACCAAAAAUGUAAUAAUAGAUUUUUAUUUAGUAAUUAAUGUUAUUAGAAUCAUUCAAAUCAUCAUCAAUAAACACAUACCAAAAUUAUUGAAAUAAUUCAACAAUUAUGUUGAAAAAUGUAACAAUACAAAAGAUCGGUAAACUGAAAAUUUCACAAUACUGAAAAGUAACUGCAACUAGUCUUUUUAUUAUAAAGAAAUUUUCCAUAUAUGGAAAAAAAUUGAUGAAGAUUUGAAUGAAUUAAUAUUUAUUUAAACCAUGACAUUUUUUGUAUAUUAAUUGUAGAUCUCGGAAUGUGUUAGAUAUAUUUUGGUGUUUUCUAUGUAUAAUUGUUUACAGAUGUUAAUAAAAGUUGGUAAACUAU